GCAAACUACCCCCGCGGCCCUGGGCAGGGCUCCUCCUGCUGCUUCCCUCCCGCCGCAGAAGGCCGUUUGCCGGGCCGGAGCCUGCCGCCUCCUCCCGGGCAGUGCCGCCCCGCUCCGGGCUGCAGAAUGUGCUCUCCGGCAGCACCGAAGCUUUGCCCUCCGAGGGCUGGGGGUGUGCUGCUCGGGGGCUGGUUUCUUGCCCUCCCCAGAUAUUAGCAUUUGGCCUCUGGGGACUGGCGGUUUGCGCCCUGGGGGCUGGUGGGUUUUGGCCCCCAGGUUGGCACCCCGGUUCUUUCGCUCCCCUAGCGCCGAGGGCACCCAGCCUCUGCAGCCCUCGUUUCGCUUCGCUCUCUCCUCGCUCCGCAGAGGGGUGGUUGCGAUAGACUCAGAUUUGCUGGGGAAGAGCAUAAACUGCGGGGGGCACUCCUCGCACAGCCAGGCUGGAAGCGGCUCCGUGGACGGGCAUCUGAGAGCCAACAAGAGCCCCUGGUAGCUGGGCCAAGCAGGAGGCAUCCGUCCCAGCCGUGCUGCAGCUGCCCCACGCUGGCUGCCUUCACCAGCGGGCUUUUAAGCUUCCAGCGGUGGGAAGAUGCUGGUGGACAAAAAUGAAUCUUGGUUGUCUAAUUUCUCCUCUGCUGCCUCAUCCUUUGUGAAAGGAGGUGACAGCUUGGUGGGCAUCGGCCUGCAGGAGGUGGUGGUUGGGCUGGUUCUGGCCCUCAUCGACUUGCUCACCCUGCUGGGGAACACAGUGGUCUUCAUCUGCCCCGUGGUGGAGAAGAGGCUUCGCACCGUCACCUACAUCUUCAUCAUGUCCUUGGCCAUGGCAGACCUCCUCGUGGCUUGUCUGGUCAUGCCCUUUAGCAUCAUCUAUGAGGUGACAGGGAUGUGGCUGUUUGGGAGGCUGUUCUGCAAGGUCUGGAUCUCCUUUGAUGUCAUGUUCUGCACGGCAUCCAUUGUCACCUUGUGCUUCAUUAGCCUGGACAGGUACUGCUCGGUGGUGACUCCCUACCACUACCCCAGGAGGAUGUCCCGAGGCAGAUGCAUCCUGAUGACCUGCAUGGUCUGGGUCUACUCCUCCCUCAUCUCCUUCCUCCCUGUCAUGCAAGGCUGGAACGAGAUCCCCGGGGAGGACUUCGACGCGGGCAGGGAGUGCAUCUUUGUCACCAACUGGGUGUUUGCCCUGGUGGCCUCUGCCCUGGCCUUCUUCCUGCCCUCCCUGCUGAUGUGCACUAUGUACUUCUUCAUCUACCGAGCCUCACGCCUCAAGGCCACUCGCAUCGUGUCCCAGGCCCUGGACAUCCACUACCACCCCAGCAGCCAGCGGCAGAACCACCUGCAGCUGGAGAACAAGGCCACCAGGACCAUCAGCAUCAUCAUCUCAGCCUUUGUGCUCUGCUGGCUGCCCUACUUCAUCCUCAACAUCUGGCUGGCCGCCAGCGGUGCCAGCUCUACCAGCGCCCUUGUGGCCAGCACCUUCAAGAUCAUCACCUGGUUGGGCUACUGCAACUCCACCAUCAACCCCAUGCUCUAUGCCUUCCUCAACAGGGACUUCCAGCGGGCGCUGAAGAAGCUGCUGGUCUGCAGGCACAGGUCUCAGGUGGCCAUUGGCGAGGACGUGGUGUCCAUAGCCACCUUCUCCAGGACUGCUCCAGACCUCGACUACGGCAUCGCGGUGCCGGGGCCCAACGGCGUCCUGAAGGGCAAACCCAAGUGAGGAGGACUCCCAGCCAGCUGCUGGGGUCCAGAGCACAUCCCAGUGGAGAAACCAUGGGAGAAAAACAGGGCGAGGAGGGGCUGGAAUAUUGCAGCUGGGGGCAUGUGGCACAGGUGUGUGUCUUCAUCCUCCACAGCUUUGCAGAGGAACCUGGGUGUGGGCAGGAAGAAAUGGCCUCAGGUUGCAGCAGGGGAGGUUUAGGCUGGAUGUUAGGAAGCAGUUCUGGGCUGAAGGGGUGGUGAGGCACUGGGCCAG